AUGGAGUGUAUAAUAGAACCUCCGGUACAUGUAUUUAUUACUUCAACGAAUUUGGAAUGGAUUCCAGACGGAGAACCCAUUAACAUAAAUAUUCAUCCAAAAACACCACUAUAUCGUGUAUUGCAAUAUGUUCAUUCUCGAUUACCUAUACAGUUAGGUCCUAUCACAAACUAUUGUUUGAAAUAUAAUGAAGAAGAAGUAGAUCUAAGUCAGUUAUGUGACACUUUUAUUAAUGAAGGAAACAGCGGACGACCUUCAGCAACCCCUAACGAUAAUAAUACACUGUUUUUCCAAUUCGAAAAGACUGAAAAUGAACCACAUAGCUCCAUCAAUUUGAACUACGACCGGAUUUUGGAAUUCAAGAAGAUUGAUCUCAUCUUGAAGAUAAAUUCAUUAUCGAGAGAUAAAUUCGUCACUGUCGUUGCCAAAAAUUCACCCAUAGAGACCACUUCAGUUAAAAACCUAUUACAAUUUGCCUUAGAUUCUGUGAUCCAGUACGAAAUUUUUAGUUCUGAUCGUGUUGAUGAACAUGGGAACUACUUGAAUAUAUGUCAAAAUUGUGAGGCUCAUAAUUUCUCUGAUUUCACACAUUUACAAAUUAAGGGUUCUGAAAAAAUGCUCACUUUGAAUGAAAUGGAACCAAGUUCACUUGAAGAUAUGAAGUUGGAUACUUUGCUUGAUUACACAUUCCUUCCGGCAAAGAAUGAUUACUUAACAGUGAUGCUUAAAAUGAAUCAUAAACAAGAACAUGAUGAAACUUGCGUCAAAUUAGAAUUCAUUUCAGAUAUUGCAUUAUCCGAUUAUGAAAUGUGGAUUAAUCCUCAAACCACAGUGUUACAGGUUAAACAUUUCAUAUCCUGUCUCUAUACACAUUCUAAAGAUUUAAAUGUAGACCAUAUUAGGUUGAUUUAUAAAGGUCAUUUAUUGGGAAGUAUUGACGGCUCAGACAUAAUUUUGAACUCUAUUAAUUCAAUGAGACGUGAUAGUAAUAGUAGUAGCCAUAUUCAUCGUUACAACGGUAAUAAUAGUGAAAUUAAAUUGCAUAUUCAAUUUGAUGCAGAACAUUUGGAUUUAAAUCAUGAUUUUUGGGAUAAGCCAUUACGUUCUAGCAGCGCUCACCAUGAUGAUAGCCGUCAAUCUUCAAAAGGCAGCUCCACUCAAGAAAAUGUUGAUGACAUUCCCGUCAAUAAUGAACAAUCAAGUCAUAUAGAAGAAAGUGUCUUAGAAGAGCAAAACUGCGAGGAGAUGUUACGUGAUGAGAGGAAACCAUUAAAACUAUGUUAUGAAACGGAAUCAGGUGAACCAAUCGAAACAACAACAGAGAUUUAUAAGAAAUGUUUCAUUGAUGGUAAAGAGUGCUUUAUAGAAUUGAGUGAACUAGAAAUUAAAAAAUAUCAAUUGAUAAUCAAUAGUAAAAUUAUACCGUUAUAUUCCCAUGAUAUUCAAAUUUUAACUGAGAAUAAUACAAUUAAAUUAUCACCUAAAGUUAUUAAUGAAAUCGAAUCGACAUUAGCUUUAAAAGUCAAGAAAAACCAAUACAAAGUACUUUCUCCAUCAUCUACAAUUCCUGUGGAACCAACACGUACAAUACAUAUUGAUAGUAAUAAUGAUGCAGAAAAUGUCUCGAUUAUUCAAAGAUUGAGAGAAAUACUUCCCUUUGGAGCAUUGUUAGUUAGGACAUUUAUCUUAUUAAUUAGAAAUUCCUUCAUCACAUUAUUUGUCUUAGUAGAAUUUGGUACGUUAUUACCAUACAAAUAUACAAUUCUAUUGGCAUUAAUAAUGAUCGGAAGAACGUUAUGGACCACGAGGGAAAUUUGUGAUUUAUGGUCAGCUUAUUUCCACUUAAAGGAAAUUGAUGAUACAAAGAUAAAUAAGAUACUUUCAUUCUUGGAAGGACAAACCAUUUCCCCUAAAUAUUUCAAAAAAUUGAUUAACGAUAAACCUAGUUUGGAUAGUUUCUUGAUAUCGGAAUUGAAAAUGGACAGGAUUGAUUUAUAUAUUAAUCAUAACACUUUUACUGGAGACGACAAUGAACUUGCAAAUAUUGAAACAGACAUAAGUAGAAAUGCAGAUGAAAAAUCAUUGAAGCAAACUCUUGAAAAGGUAAUCAUGACAGUAACUGAAGGAAUUAAUGAAGAUGAAGAUAAUGAUGGAUUCCAAGAAAAGAAAGAUUUGAUUGAUGAUACGUACCAAUUAUUCAUUAAGUGUGUUAACAAUUAUCAGGUCAAUAAAGAUAAUAUGGAUCCAGUUCAGUUAGAAAAUAGUAAAUUAUUAAUGUUUUCCAUAUUGAGGGAAAUUGAUCAAGUUAAUAUGGAUAAAUUACCAAUAUAUAAACGAAUUUUUGAAAAAAUUAUCAUUCAAUUAGAAAAGAUUACAGAUAUGAGAUUACUAGAAAGAAUAAUUCCAGAUCCAAGAACUGAUAAUAUUAUUAUGGCAACCUUAAAAAAUAUUUCAUUAUUUAUCUUAUUACUUAUUCCAGGAAUAGCUGAGAAGUUAGCAACAUUCAUUAAUCGUCAACACGGAAUAUUGGAAGCAGGAAGACAUCAAGAAAGGCAAGAAGCUGAGAGCCAAAGGAGAGCUGAUGUACAUGCCCUUAAUGAAGAGAACACCAGCGGUAAUGCUAGCGAUACUGAUGAUGAUGAUGAUGAUGAUGAUUCUUCUGAUAAUGAGUUAGAUCAUUUGAUUAUUCCAGAUGAAUCUGAGACGGAAGAUAACGAGCAGCCCGCUUCUUCUGAAGAGGGACUGGAUCAUGAUGGAAAUGUUGAUUUGGAUGAACGUAUAGAGGAGAUUAUUCUUGAUCAUGACUUAGCAACUGAAGAAGUACAAGAGGAAGAUCUAUAUGAAUCCAAUCAAGACUCUAGCGUCGUGAAUGAUAAUAAUAUUAUAGAGACUGUGAGAAAUGCAUCCGAUCAACCCAACGAUGAUAAUGUAGCUGAGCAUUGCAGUUCUGGUGUUGCUAUCCAUAGUAGUGAUGAUUGA